AGCGCACAUCAUCCAAGGCAAGGGCACAUAUUUGCUCAGAACCCCGUGCUAUUUCUGCAUAAGAGGCUUACCUAAUCCCAGAUGCAACAUACAGCUUCAACAAAGUCCAAAUCUGGACGGAGCGUCGAGAUAUGCAUCAGAAACCUCACGCGUAAGAGGAGGGGGCAGGGCAGCACUGGCGACUCCGCUUUUGCCAAGUUCUCUUGACACCGGGCGGCAGACCACAGAGACUAGAGAGCUGAGAGAGUGGCAAAGGGAAGUUUUGAAGAAGAAAUAGCUCCUAUUUGGGGCUUCCUAUUGGGCUGGCCGGAUAUAACAGACGCGCCCAUCUCCAUCGCUUCACAAUCUUUUCAUCCAUGCAGCUAGUUAGACGCACGGACCAGGAAUGAUGGCGAAAAUGAGGGUUUCAUACGAGUACUCGGAGGCGGAAGAUAAGAGUAUUCGACUGGGACUCUUUCUUAUAGUUUGCGGCAUUCUGUCUCUCUUCAUUCUCGGCUUCUGCUGGCUCAGCCCGACCCUCCAGAGCAUGCAGAGCAAGCCCUCCAACUGCACCGUGGUGUCCGUGCUCCGGCCGGAGGAGAUGUUCGAAUGCGUCUUCACGUGUGGGGCGGACUGCAAGGGCACGUCCCUGUAUCCCUGCCUUCAGAUCUUUGUCAACAACUCCGAGUCCAACUCUGUAGCUCUCCUCCACUUUGACGAACAGCAGUUGGUGCUCAAUCCAAAGUGCUCGUACGUUCCGCCCUGCGAGCGAGACAACCAGAAGAACCAGAAGAACGUUCUUUGGUGGGAGGACUACUGGACCAAGGAGGUCAGCUCCCAGUCUUUCACCUGCUUCUUCAACCAGCAGAGACGGCCAGAUGACGUCCUUUGGCGUCGUUCCCACGACUCCAGCGUCCUCCUCCACUGUGUCCUCUGGCCAAUGGUGAGCCUGCUGGUGGGCACGCUCAUUGUGCUCCUUACUGUUUGCGCGCGGAGCCUAGCCGUCCGAGCCGAAGCCCUCCAGAAGAGGAAGUGCUCCUACGAGGUGGCCGACGCCUCCCAACAAGGCAAGACGCAUGUGAACCCCGCUUCCUCCACACGCACCCUGCCGCUGUUCGCCGUGCCGGUCCGACGCCGCGACCGCGAGCACUAGAACGCGGUAUCGCCACGGGGACAGGUCAUGCAAGACUCCCAACGCCGUUCUAGAACGUGGGUUUAACGCAACAACGGAACAUAGAGCCGGGACAUUGAACUAGAACUUGUGUGUUUUGUUCACGACAAUGAUGAUAAUGAUGAUGAUGCCGUGGAGGAGGAUGAUGAAGACUGCGAACAUGUAGCACCUAGUAACAACCUCCUAGACAGGGUCAGACACGUCCACGUGACUGCAGAUGAAACCUGAACUCUUCUGAAUGGAGAGAAGAAGAAGGGUGUGCUCGUGUCACCUGGACUUCACCCAGGUCUAAUACAGCACUAACCAAGGUCAAUGCUCCUCUAGGUGGGUAGCUAGCUGAGGAUGCCGGUAGCUGACGCCCGCUGUGCCCUGGUUUUGGGGGCAUAGCCGUAGAGACAUGUCCCAUUGCUGUGUGUGUUCCGCUUUUCGGAUUUUGGUGGUCUGUCUGUAGCAUACCUCUAAACCACUGCUGCUUGUUGUAUUGUCUCUCUGUGUGUGUAUAGACAUUGCUGGUCUGUGUCUCUGUGAUAAUGAAGAUUGUAUUACUCUGCUGGUCCAUCUCUUACUGUCAGACCACAUACAAGCACCCGCUCCUGCGCCAGCUGUGGAAGAGAACCCCUGGAUUCUCCUCAGAAGCACGCCCUUCAAGACUCUGUAGAACUGCACACGCUUGAAAAUAUCUUCUGAAUAUUUCUCUCAUGGCUCACCUUUCUCUCUUUCUCUCGUUUCCUGUGAUAUGUCACAAAAUGAUUGUUUUUUUCUAAGCCACAGUAGCAAACUUUUGUUUUCGCCGUGUAUCCCUUGAGCUGUCUUUUGGGAUCCAAAGUGUUCAACUGUUCCAUGUAUGAACUGUUAUCCACAUGACCCGUGACACUCUGCUCCAAAGAAAAUGAUCUCUCAGUCUCCUCUAUCACCCAUGUAGCUUCUCUGUAUUUGUAUGACAGAAUGUAAGACAUUUUUUGUCCUUAAGCUUAAAAUGAAUGAUAUUUCGUACUUAAAGCCAUAUGCUAACAUUUGAGUGCAGCAAGGGACUGCAGUAGUUGCAGAGUGCGUUUGGCUUCUAGCAGGCUCAGUGUGGUCCCGAGAUCGAAGAAACAAGCUUUUCAAAAGCU